UUAACUCUGUUUUAUUCCUUUUUCUUCAAUGAAAUUUGAUCAGUAUUUCAAGUUUUUUCUUUCUUUGCCUUGAAUUAUAUGCAGAAGCUCUACAAAACAACUCUGUUACUUUCCUACCAGAGUUUCGGGGUUGUUUACGGGGAUUUAUGCACAUCCCCUAUGUAUGUCUAUAAAAGCACAUUCUCUGGGAGUUUACAGCUCUACGAGGAGAACCAGGAGAUUUUUGGGGUACUUUCUCUAGUUUUCUGGACUUUGACCAUCAUUCCUCUUUGCAAGUACAUUAUAUUUGUCUUAGGGGCAGAUGACAAUGGCGAAGGCGGACCAUUUGCAUUGUAUUCAUUGCUCUGCCGACGCUCCAAAAUGGGUUUCUUAGAGGGCUCUCACAUGGGGCAUGAGGGUUUUUCUUCUCAUGAUUCUUCUGCGCCUACCAAGGAGACAAGAACUAGCUUGCUUAUAAAGGAAUUCUUCGAGAAGCAUCAUUCUUCUCGUCUAGUGUUGCUGCUAGUUGUUCUGCUUGGGACUAGCAUGGUUAUCGGUGAUGGAAUUCUGACCCCAACAAUGUCUGUUUUAUCUGCAGUGUACGGAAUUGAAACAAAGGUGCCAAAUUUACAUGAGAAUUAUACUGUGGCAAUUGCCUGUGUGGUCUUGGUGGCUUUUGCACUCCAGCACUGUGGAACACAUAGAGUUGGGUUUCUGUUUGCUCCAAUUUUGUUAGCUUGGCUACUGUGCCUUGGUGGAGUUGGCAUUUAUAACAUAUUCCAUUGGAACCCUGGCGUGAUCAAUGCUCUAUCUCCAAGCUAUAUUUAUAAAUUUUUCCAGAAAGCCGGAAAAAGUGGAUGGAGUUCACUAGGAGGCAUUGUUCUCUGUGUUACAGGAGCAGAAGCUAUGUUUGCUGAUCUUGGCCAUUUCUCACAACUUUCUCUCAGGAUUGCUUUUACAGUAAUUGUGUAUCCUUGCUUGGUUCUGGCUUAUAUGGGUGAAGCUGCCUACCUAUCCAUGCACAAAGAGGAUCUUCAGAGAAGUUUUUACAAGGCUAUCCCAGAGGUAAUAUUUUGGCCAGUGUUUCUCAUUGCAACCCUGGCAACUGUGGUGGGUAGCCAAGCAAUAAUCUCGGCAACUUUCUCCAUCAUUAGUCAGUCCAGGGCACUGGGUUGCUUCCCACGAGUAAAGAUAGUGCACACAUCAAAUAAUAUACAUGGGCAGAUAUACAUACCAGAGGUGAACUGGAUACUAAUGCUGUUGUGUCUUGCUGUUGUUAUUGGAUUCAGAGACACUGCUAUGAUUGGCAAUGCAUACGGUCUUGCUGUGGUUGUAGUUAUGUUCGUCACAACCUUGUUGAUGUUUUUGAUCAUUAGCACUGUGUGGAAUCGAAAUGUUUUCUGGGCUUUACUGUUUGUAUUGGUGUUUGGAUUUGUGGAAUUGUCGUAUUUCUCUGCAUGCCUUGCCAAGGUACACAAAGGAGGAUGGCUUCCCCUAGUGGUCUCUCUCCUAAUCUUGUCUCUAAUGUCAACGUGGCAUUACGGAACUUCAAAAAAGCUUGCGUUUGAGAUGGAGAACAAGGUUAGCUUGGACAGCCUGCUGACCCUAGGAUCAAACCUGGGAAUAACAAGAGUUCCAGGAAUUUGCCUAGUUUACUCUGAUGUUACCAAUGGUGUGCCCCCAAUGUUCGCUCAUUUUGUCACAAACUUUCCCGCAUUCCAUCAGAUUCUCAUAUUCGUGACCCUUCAGUCUUUGAUGAUCCCAAAAGUUCCAGUUGGUGAGCGUUUCCAUUUUGUGAGGAUAGGACCUCCAGAAUUCCCUCUGUUCCGGUGCAUUGUUAGAUACGGGUACAAGGAUGUGAGGGACAGCCAUGACUUGGAAACUCAUCUGAUUGAAAACAUGUCAAGAUUCCUGAAAUGUCAAGUUCAAAGUCAAGAAAUGGCAAUAAUAGAGGCAAAUGAGAAGGGUACUACUGGUGCUGGGACAAGGAAAGUGAGGUUUAAAAUAAAUAUAGAAGUAAGCGAGGAAGUAGAGGAACUGAUGGAGGCAAAAGAAGCAGGUGUGGCUUACAUGAUUAGCAAUACUAGUGUGAAAGCAAGUGAGGCAUCAUCUUUCCUGAAGAAGUUUGCCAUUGACAUUGUUUAUGGGUUUCUUAGACGCAAUAGCAGGUGCCCUGCAACUGCACUUGGGAUUCCACCCGCUUCACUUAUUGAAGUGGGCAUGCUUUAUCAUGUAUAAUCCCACCUCACUUAUCCAACUCUAAAAUAUUUAAUUACAUUAUGUUUAAAUCUAAAUACUUAA